GCUGACAAACCCGUCCCGGAUGAACCCUCUUGAAAACCCUAGUUGACUUUCAUUCUUCACAGGGCUGGGGCUGGCCAUGGUGGCUUGCCUAGAGGAAAAUGGCGAAAUUUCUCCCCUUUUUCCUUCCAGUUCUUCCUCCAAUUGCAAAAAAGGGUUGUCUUUUGGGCUAUUUUUGGCCGUUUUGGUGCAUGAUGGUUUGUCGGAUUGCGGCUUAAUGGAUCAAACUAUCCUCCGGAGCGGCUCUCUGUUUCAUGGAAUUCAGCCGGGGAAACUGGUCAAAGUAGAUGUUGCAUCGCUGCAUAAUGAGUUGAAUGUCCCUUCAGGUUGCCACAGCACAGCAGAUCUGUUGUUUUCUUUUACAAUCAUGUCGAUCGACACUGUAUCAGAGCAUUACGCACCUGUGGAUCCUGAUUAUCUAGUUGAUGUAAGUCUAUGUAUACAGCAAUUGUAAACUAAGUCCAUCUUGUAAGUUGUUACUGAAGGAGCAUAAUUUAUGUUUUCAGUUUGAGAGCGAGUUUCAUUUA